UGGUAUAGCGUCACCCAGGGCGCUGCCGAUGUGAUAGCCUCAGGGAACGAGCUACUGUCACGUGUAGCACCUUGUCUGACCUGUGUACCUGUGACCGGCGAUUGUUGGAUACGCGGUUUCAGUUGAUACGUGAAACACCUGAUGAUCUUGUAUCGGCAAAGGAGCAGUGUGAACACACGAUUGUAUAGACGGUUUGCAAGUGGCAGAAAGACGUAUGGCAGUCAAGCAUGGAGGCGUGUAGCAUGUAUACGAUUUCUGUUCGUCUAACCCACAUCUCAUACUGUUGCCGACGUGGGUCAUUACGAGAAACGUCAGGUCUGUACGAUGAGCACUGAAGAAACUAGUCCAGUGAUUCCCGCCGUGGUCGGUGUCGAUGUUGGUGGUACCAACACCGAUGCUGUAGUGCUCAGCAAAGACAAGAAUAAUUCCACAGUGAUAGCCUCAGUGAAGGAGUCGACGUCAGCCGACGUUACUACCGGUGUCCGAAAUGCCGUCCACGCCGUUCUCCAGCAGGCAACAGACAAGGGUCAUAGAGUGGCGGUAGUGCAGGUCAACAUUGGUACCACCCACUUCGUGAAUGCUGUUGUAGAGGGUAGAGGACUUGCUCGGGUCUCUGUGAUACGCUUUUGUGGUACGGCGUCCCUAGCUCUUCCACCUUUCAGCGACUUUCCUCUGGAUCUCAAAGAAGCCAUAUGUGACAGUGUUCACCUUCUUGAUGGUGGUUAUAGAUUUGAUGGUAAGGAGAUUGACCCUUUGGAUGAGAAACAGAUUACUGACACCCUUUGUCAAAUAAAGGCAAAGAAUAUCAAAAAUAUUGUUGUGUCAGGAAUAUUUUCUCCUGUGAAAUCCACUCAGGAAGAAGCCGUACUGAAAAUUAUCGCAAACAAGUAUCCAGAAGCGUCAGUUACACUGUCUCACAAGAUUGGACAUAUUGGAUUACUAGAAAGAGAGAAUGCUGCCGUUCUAAACGAGUGUCUGAAGCCACUCUGCAGGAAAACAGUUGAAGGUUUUCAGGGUGCACUGGCAAGUGUUGGUCUGUCGUGUCCAAUAUAUUUGACACAAAACGAUGGCACCAUCAUCAGCUCUGACGAAGCUCUUCUGUAUCCAGUGUAUACCUUUGCAUCCGGACCAACAAACAGCAUGCGAGGAGCAGCUUUCUUAUCAGAUGUCAAAGAUGCCAUUGUUCUGGAUAUUGGUGGCACAACCACAGAUGUAGGCGUUCUGAAGAACAGGUUUCCUAGAGAAGCUUCCACUCAAGUAAAGAUUGGAGGGAUCAGGACAAACUUUCGAAUGCCAGAUGUUCUCAGUAUUGGUCUUGGUGGUGGGUCGUAUGUGACAGAAAACACAGAAGGGUCAGUUACUAUUGGACCCCUCAGUGCUGGGUACAAUCUGAAGAAUGAAGCCUUCAUAUUUGGUAAUGGUGACACUGACUCUGCACGGAGCCUAACUACAUCUGAUGUUGCUGUUGCUGCUGGACUGAUGGAACUUGGAGAGGAAAAAUAUGUUGAGCAUUUAUCCAAAGAAUUGGUUGACAAAGUGCUUGCAAAGAUAGUGGCUAUGAUAGAAGAUGCAAUCGAUAUGGUCAAACUAAGUGGGGAAACUCUACCUGUCCUUCUGGUAGGUGGUGGGAGUGCCUUAGUUGACAGGAAUCAGAAAAUGAAAGGUGCCGCCGAAGUCAUUAUCCCCGAACAUUCAGGAGUUGCUAACGCCAUUGGUGCUGCCCUGAGCCAAGUUUCUGGUAGUUAUGAUAGUGUUGUAUGUCUCCAGGAUAUCGUGGACAAACAUCAGAUGGAUCAAGCUGUUGAAGCCGCCUUAGUCGCAGUCUCGGAUGAAACAGAUGAGAAGAAAGUCGAUUUUGCUGUGGAACAAGCUCGAAAGCCCUUCUUUGUAAAUGCCAGAGAUACGGCAUUAGAAAAUGCAAUACGUAAAGCUAAGGACGUGGCGAUAGGUUGUGGUGCUGACCCAACAUCCAUUGAAAUUACACAGAAGGAGGACAUGACUCUCUCCUAUAUCCCAGGCCAGGCAGUGAGAAUAAGGAUAAAGGCAGUUGGAAAUUUGGCAGAAUUACAAACUGCCAAUGCAAAAGAGUGGAUUCCAAGCCCUUUGAUGAAAGGCGAAUCAAUGUCUGGCAAACUUGAAAAACAAACAGGGACUUCAACUGGGAAGAGGCUGACUGAUGACAGUGAGGCAGGAGACGCAACAAAACACCCAAUGGAUCCUCAGAUUGACCCUAAUACCGGAGAAUGGAUUCUCUCAGAAUGGGACCUGGAAGCAAUUGUGAUUGGUGCAGGUAUUUUUGGAUGUGGCGGUGGUGGAAAUCCUCACAUUGGUAGACUAAGGGCUCUUUCGGAUAUACAGAAAGGCAAGAAAAUACGAAUUAUUUCUCCAGAAAAACUGUAUGAGAAGGCAGAUCCAGACAACGAUCUUGUUGCUAUAGUAGCAUUCAUGGGGGCUCCGCUGAUUAUGUAUGAACAGAUGGUGUCCUCUAACGAAACUACUGGAGCGUUUAGAUGUAUGGAAGAUCUUUACACAAUUGGUAGAUACAAGGAUGGCAUUUUGGAGAAUUCAGAGGGAGUUGAAAUCCAGAUGAAAGAUGGGAUGACUUUUAUAGAGAAUUACCAGACCAGGUUAGCGGUGCAACAGCCAAAACGGAUAAUUGCUUUUAUGUCUGGUGAGAUAGGAGGAAUGAAUGCUAUAGAACCUCUUCUUGUGUCAGCUGAUCUAGGUCUGCCUGUUGUUGAUUCUGAUGGAAUGGGAAGGGCAUUUCCAGAACUACAGAUGUUUUGUCCGUAUAUGUAUGGAGUUCCUGCUCAUCCUGCUGCUUUGGUGGAUGACAGAGGCACACGAGCUGUGAUGCUGCAAGCACCUUCACCCAAACAUCUUGAAAAUCACUUCAGAGAUACAGUUAUUGGGAUGGGGUGUGCGGCUGGGCUAUCCCUCAGCCCUCUCAACAAAUCUACUAUUAUGGAAAAAACAGCUCUGUAUUCCGUUAGUCACGUGUGGAGUGUUGGUAAUGCUGUCCUGAAGGCCAGGGUACAAAAGAAGUCCCCGAUCGAGGCCAUUUUGAAAGCAGAAAGGUCCGUCCACAUCUUAACUGGUAAAAUCAGGGAGGUGCAGAGAGAAACAAGCGGCGGAUUCAACAGAGGGAAGGUUCUCGUUGAAGGCCUUGAUUCCUUUGCUGGACAAACAAUUUUGGUUGAAUUUCAGAAUGAAAAUCUGGUUAUUUUCCCCUUGGAUGCCGAGAAGAAAGCUGGGGAGGCAGUGGCCUCUGUCCCAGAUCUCAUCACCAUCGUUGAUGCAGACACAGCCGAGCCUAUUCCCACAGAAGAGGUGAAAUAUGGACUCCGGGUUGCUGUCCUCGUACUGGCCUCCCCGGAAUUACUACGAACCGAUCAGGCUUUGCGAUUUGUCGGACCGAAAGCCUUUCAUUAUGACGAUGUUGAGUUUACACCAAUAGGGGACGCGUAUCCUGUUCAACCAAUACCACCAAGACACUAAAUAUAUCGGAAACUGACUUACUGAACAAAGACAGUAUUUCAAAAAUAGUGA